UGUACAAAUAGACCAUUAAAUCAUGAAUUCCAUGCAACUCCAUUGAAUGUAAACAAAGUAAGCAUGGCUGCAUUUUUAAGCUCAUUGCUCAUUUUCUCAUUAUUUUCUUUUGGAACUUCAUUGACCUCAAAUUAUUACCAAAAAACAUGCCCUGCUGUGGAAUCAUUAGUCCGGAAAGCGGUAACCGACGCAACAAAACGUGACAAAACCGCCCCGGCGGGGCUCCUUCGGAUGCAUUUCCACGACUGUUUUAUACGGGGGUGUGAUGGUUCGGUUUUGUUGAGUUCUAAGGGUAAUAACAAAGCUGAAAAAGAUGGUCCGCCUAAUGUUUCGCUGCAUGCGUUUUAUGUUGUUGAUAACGCGAAAAGAGCUGUUGAAUCUGUGUGUCCUGGUGUGGUCUCAUGUGCGGAUAUCUUGGCCUUAGCUGCAAGAGAUGCAGUUGUGGUGUCUGGAGGACCAUCUUGGGUUGUGCCUAAAGGAAGAAAAGAUGGAAGAAUAUCCAAAGCAAGUGAAACCAUACAACUACCAGCUCCCACCUUCAACAUUUCUCAACUUCAACAAAGUUUCUCUCAGAGAGGUCUCUCCUUAGAAGAUCUAGCAGCACUUUCAGGAGGGCAUACUCUCGGGUCCUCGCAUUGCUCGUCUUUCAACAACAGAAUCCACAACUUCAACUCGACAACUGACAUCGACCCGUCACUCCAUCCAUCAUUUGCUGCAAGCUUAAGACGCGUUUGCCCUGCCAAAAACAAUGCAAAGAAAGCAGGAGUCGCAAUGGAUCCUUCGUCUUCUACUUUUGAUAAUACAUAUUACAAAUUAAUCUUGCAGCACAAAGUUUUAUUUUCUUCAGAUAAUGCUUUGCUCAAUUCCCCUAAGACCAGAAGUUUGGUAUCUAAGUUUGCUAGCACAAAUGAUGCUUUUUCGAAAGCGUUUGUCAAGUCGAUGAUCAAAAUGAGUAGCAUCACCGGGGGCGGUCAGGAGAUCAGGAAGAACUGUAGGGUUGUAAACUAAUUAAGCAAUUAGCCAACCUAUGAAGAUGUACACAUUGUAUGUAACUAUGCUUGAACAUUGAAAUUUUAUGCGGCUCAUGUAAUAUAUGUAAAAUAAAUUAAAAUAUGAAUUUGUUAUGAUAAUGAAGGGCAAGUUGUCAAAUCUUUAGGCU